AUGUUUACUAAAUUGCUGCUAAUCAGUGGAUUAAUUGCCAAUCAGGUUUAUUGGGCUGACAGUUCUAUAACUGUGCGUUAUAAAGAACCUUAUGAAAUAAAAUGUGGCUUCGACGAAAUAAAAGAACACGUAAAAUGGAUUUAUAACGGGUUAACGGUGUUCAGUUGUGAAGCCCCAUAUCGAGCCGGCGAGUGUAAAAUUCAAGAUGAUCUCUACCGUUAUGAAAUUGACAAUGAAAAUAAAAAAAUGGCGGUUAAAAUGCAUAAAACAGAUAUUAUAGAAUGGAAAGAAACAAGUGCCAAUUGGACGUGCCGCCAUAGUGACCAAGAAAAAACUUAUAGCUUUGAUCAUACAGAAAGUCCACAGAUUUUCUAUUUUAAUUAUCCGGAAAAUUUAAAUCUCCAGUCUACAGCUACAGUAACUGUUGGGAUAAACAGCACAAUACCAUAUACAAUUACUUGGAGCAGUAAUCGCAGAGGAGUUAUUAAAAUAGAAGAGUUUAAAAAUACACACAUUAACAAUGCUUCAAUAGGAAUUCAAACAUCCUGUCGAGAUAAUGUUGAUACUUUCCUCUAUUCGGUAGAAAAUGGUGCCAGUUUCCCAUGCGUUGGGUCCUUUAAUUUGACAGUUCGAUGUGAAACUAUAGUGUUGGAGGAUGAAAUGGAUAAAACAAUAGAAGUGGAAUUAGGCCAAGAUGCCGUGUUCAGAGUUUUGUUUGCUGGUGAUAGGAAACCCACCAACAUAACAUGGUAUAGGCGUAUGAGCAGUAUGAUAACAGAUCUCAAGUUCCUUACCGACUACAGAAUCAAGAAAAAUUCUGGACAGACAUCAAAUUCCAUGGAAAUGACCAUCUAUUCUGUACAAAAACAAGACGUCGGUACUUACACUGCGGAACUGUCCUCUGAAAGUAAGAAGAUUUUGAUAGAUUUCGAAUUGGUUGUAAAAUCUAAGGAUUCUGAUCCACCGUUCAGUUGGUAUAUUGGUAUAGUUAUUGGUGCCGUAAGUGGUAUUUUAGUGUGUAUAGUUAUAUUUAUAGCUGUAAUGAUGAUAAAAAAGAUCAAAUCCAACGGCGAUGAUUAUUUGACACCAAAGAGUGUACCACAAACACCCCCUCCUCCGGUGCCACAAGGUACGCCUUACAUGGGCAGUUCUACAUCAAACUAUAAUGAUUCGGCGUUUUCAGAUUCGUCAGAAAAUUAUGAAAAUAUGGGGAAUUAUUAA